AUGUGCUUCAUCCUGCCCUCGCCUGCGGAAUUGGCCCCUCGGAAAGUCUGCUCCUCGGUGGCGCUGGCGGCUUCCAUGCCAGGUAGCAGGGGAAACAAGGCCACGGUGGAGGAGUACGAGAUGCCGCCCACGAGCUUUGCCAGCGAGGGCGCAAAGAUUUCCGUCAUCUCCUCCGAGAUGCUGGAACCGCCCGCGGUGAGUACGCCACGUACGCCGGUGGAGGAACUCUGCCUAGGGACGACUUUGACUGGCUACAUCUCCGAUGUUGACCACGCAGGUGCUUUCGUGGACAUAGGAGCGGAGGUGGAGGGCUUGGUGCACAAGUCGGUGAUGAGCGAUGACUUCUUAGAGGAUCCCAGGAGGAGCUUCAAAGUGGGGCAGGAGGUCCAAGCCACAGUUGUCAACAUCGUCUUCCAAACAAGGCGGCCAGAGCGCAGCGUUGGUACCCUGCCGCUGCGGUCGACGGAAGCAUCGAGUUUGCUUUACCUCUCCCUGGCACCCUCGAAGAUGCGGCUGCGGCCAAGUCGGCCGGAGGGCUUUGACCUGGAGGUGGGCCAGAGGCACUCGGGCAUCGUGAGCUACGUGCAGGACAAGGGCGCCCACGUGAUCCUGGGCGAUGCCCGGGGUGGUGUGGGGCAUGAAGGCGGGUGGAGCUUGAAGGUUUGGCUCGGAUGGAGAAGUGCUACGUCCAUGAAUCUGGCCAAGCAAGUGCAGCAAUGGCCGAAGCAGCCAAGCCACUGA